UUUCUUCCGGACGAGUCCUCUCCGUGACCAAGUCGGCAAUCUCUUAUCGCCUAUAAAUACAUGCUAUUGCCUCUCUUCUCUAUAUCAUCAAAUUACUCCACUUUCUGUCUCUAUAUUCUAUUCUUCAAAGGCAAUCAAGGAUUUCUUCGUUCUCUCUCAAGAUGCAGAUCUUUGUAAAAACCCUAACCGGUAAGACCAUCACUCUCGAGGUCGAGAGUUCCGAUACGAUCGACAACGUCAAAGCCAAGAUCCAGGACAAGGAAGGAAUUCCCCCGGAUCAGCAGCGUUUGAUCUUUGCCGGAAAGCAGCUUGAGGACGGCCGCACACUCGCCGACUACAAUAUUCAGAAGGAGUCGACGCUCCAUCUUGUUCUGAGGCUUCGCGGAGGCAUGCAGAUCUUCGUGAAAACCCUAACCGGCAAAACGAUCACGCUUGAGGUCGAAAGUUCUGAUACGAUCGACAACGUCAAAGCCAAGAUCCAGGACAAGGAAGGAAUUCCUCCGGAUCAGCAGCGCUUGAUCUUCGCCGGAAAACAGCUUGAGGAUGGCCGUACCCUCGCUGAUUACAACAUUCAGAAGGAGUCGACUCUCCAUCUUGUCCUGAGGCUUCGAGGAGGCAUGCAGAUCUUCGUCAAGACCCUCACCGGCAAGACGAUAACUCUGGAAGUCGAGAGUUCGGACACGAUUGACAACGUGAAGGCCAAGAUCCAGGACAAAGAGGGUAUUCCCCCGGACCAGCAGAGGCUGAUCUUUGCCGGAAAGCAACUCGAGGACGGCCGUACCCUCGCUGACUACAACAUCCAAAAGGAAUCGACACUACACCUUGUCCUCCGCCUUCGCGGUGGUAUGCAAAUCUUUGUGAAAACCCUAACAGGCAAGACAAUCACCCUCGAGGUGGAGAGCUCUGAUACGAUCGACAACGUUAAGGCGAAGAUCCAGGAUAAGGAAGGUAUUCCUCCAGACCAGCAGCGACUGAUCUUUGCCGGAAAACAACUAGAGGAUGGCCGGACCCUCGCAGAUUACAACAUCCAAAAGGAAUCGACUCUACACCUUGUUCUUCGCCUCAGAGGAGGCAUGCAGAUCUUUGUGAAAACCCUAACCGGCAAGACAAUCACACUGGAGGUUGAGAGCUCGGAUACAAUUGACAAUGUCAAGGCAAAGAUCCAGGAUAAGGAAGGCAUUCCCCCUGAUCAGCAGAGGCUGAUCUUCGCUGGGAAGCAACUUGAGGACGGCCGUACCCUUGCAGAUUACAAUAUUCAGAAGGAAUCAACUCUCCACCUGGUCCUCCGUCUUCGAGGUGGCAUGCAGAUCUUUGUGAAGACUCUGACUGGGAAGACAAUCACUUUGGAGGUUGAGAGCUCGGACACCAUUGAUAAUGUGAAAGCUAAGAUUCAGGACAAGGAGGGGAUUCCACCUGAUCAGCAGAGGUUGAUCUUUGCUGGUAAGCAGCUCGAGGAUGGGCGUACCCUUGCUGAUUACAACAUUCAGAAGGAGUCAACCUUGCACCUUGUCCUUCGUCUCCGUGGUGGUGAUUACUGAAAGUCCUCCUAGACUUGUGUUAAGUGUUUGAUUUUGUGUUUUUCUUGUUAUGUGGUUCUCUAUCUAUCUCUAUCUAUAGACGACGGUUUAAGGACGUGGAAUAAAAAUUGUGUCUGGUUACUAUA